CUCGCAGUUGUUCUGCUGUCGUUCUUUUGGCUCAUCGCUCCUUAAUAAUGGCUCGCCUGUCGAGCGUACUGCUAUUCGCGGCGGCCGCCCUUCCAUACGUCGUUGCUACCAGCUCCAGCGACUGUGGGUCUAAUGAAUUCUUCUUCCAAGAAAAAUCUUGCUGUCUCCCUCAAGGUGGCCAGCCCAGUCCUCCUAGCCCUCCUGCAGGUACUUCUUGCCCGACCAAUGGCUGGUACUGGCACUCCGACAAUGAGUGCUGUGUCCCUUCCCAGCCUCAGACCCCAAGCAGCCCGCCACCUCAAUGCACUGAUGAUUGCUUAUGGAGCUCGCUUGACUUGAAGUGCAUUCCCAGCGGUAGUAGCUCGGUGCCCUCAACUCCCGCUCAGCCCACACACCCCUCGACCCCUUCAGCUCCGUCUCCUCCGUCGACCCCCACCAGUCCCGCUCACCCCUCGACUCCUUCUGGCAGCUGCAGCAAUAACGAGUUUUGGUUCGACCCUAAGACGUGCUGCUUGCCCAACGGCGGCCAGCCCAACCCUCCCUCGCCUCCUGGUGGUACCUCCUGCCCUCCCUCGUCUUGGUACUGGCAUACCGGCAAGCAAUGCUGUGUUCCAUCGAACCCCGUCCCUCCCAACGGUCCUCCGCCUCAGUGCCAGAACGGCUGGACCUGGAGUGGCGGUGAUCUCAAGUGCUAUCCCCAGCCACCUAGCACGCCUGCUUCCCCGCCACCCAAGCCUUCUGGUCAUGCUGGCUACAAGCGUCAUGCCAAGUCUCGGGCGUUCACUCUCUGCCCGACGCCUAUGACCGCUUGCCCCAUCAAGGGCCUGAUGGCCACCUCGGGAGAUUACGAGUGUCUCGACACUACUGCCGACCUCCACUCGUGCGGUGGUUGCGCUUCCACUAGCGUUGGACAGGACUGUACUACCAUUCCCAACGCGUACGAGGUUGCUUGCACCAAGAGCACCUGCAUUGUCUCGUCGUGCACAAAGGGCUUCAAGGUGGCCUCCGGCGCCGACUCUUGCAUUCCUCUUUAAGGGCGUCUCAGAGCCUACUAUCCCGACACUGGACGCAUCAGCUUGCGCUGUGGUGCCAGGAGAACUUUGAGAGAUUUCGGAAAAGACAAUUUGUCUCACGAUCGUUUCACAACACACUCUUUGGACAUUCAGGUGUCGUCGCUGACACCAAAGACUCUGGGUACUUGUGUACUUACGCGUGGCGGCGCUCUGUCCUGCGUGGAUGGUGCUGCAGUCCUUCGGGUUAGGAAGUGGACUAUUUAUCCGCUUACAUUAGAUAUCCCUUUCGCAGUCUAUUUUGUGAAUAUAGAUUCUGCUCUUCGGUAACUUUGGUAGUAUUCAGAUCCCUUCCCGGUUU